CAACACUCUUCAGUGUCCCACCCCGGCUCUCCAAUUCUUAUAUCUUUCAAGGCUGCUCUGAUCAUCGAUCUUCACUUUUCUUUUGGCUGUUUUUAGGCACUAUUAUGGAAAUCUCUCAAGAAUAUUCCGAUUAUCAGAUGGUGUUGAUAAAAGGAAAGCGUACUAAACGUCCGAGGGGAUUGUCGCCGGCUGACUCGAGCUGUUCUAGCGGCGGCGGGGAUGGUGGUGCUGCUGCUGUUUUCUAUUCCUCCUCCGCUCAGUACUCUCCGGCGACUUCGACUAGCCAGAUAUCCGCCACCACCAACGAUGAGGAUGAGGACAUGGCGAAUUGUCUGAUUCUUUUGGCACGAGGCGGUGGAUGCCGUCAAGUAGAGAGAGUUAGUGGCAGCCGGAAAGUCGACGAAAUGGCCGCCGCCGCCGCAGGCGCCGGCAAGGGUGGUGGCGAUUUAUACGUCUAUCAGUGCAAAACUUGUAACCGAACUUUCCCGUCGUUUCAAGCUCUGGGUGGGCAUAGAGCCAGCCACAAGAAACCUAAGAUCACUGCGGCAGACGAUCAGAAAAAAUCGGCGGCGCCGUCGUCGUCAGACUUUGAUAAACAAAGUUCGCCGCUUUUCGCCGCCGGGGUUUCUACCCAUACCCUCAGCAAUGGCGGCAAGGCCAAGAUUCACGAGUGUUCGAUCUGCGGGUCGGAGUUCUCGUCGGGGCAAGCUCUGGGAGGUCACAUGAGAAGACACCGGCCGCCGCCUACUAUCAACCCGGCGAAGCCGCUCUCGGUGAUUAGCGACGGCGGAACGGCCAACGUUUCUGAAUCAUCGGACCGCCGAGAGAAGGCGGCGACAGGCGGCGGGGGUGUUUUCACGCUCGAUCUUAACCUGCCGGCUCCACUAGAAGAUGAUGAUGACGAUCAAGAAACCAAGUUACAAAAUCUUGCGUUUUCCACCCCGGCUUUGGUGGACUGUCAUUACUGAAACCGAUCAGAUAAUACAAUACAUAGUGAUAUUGAAUUAUUUGUUUUAAUUGAUUGUUUGUGAUCCAUCAACCAACAUCAAAUUUAUCUUGAUUAUUAUUUGUUAUAUGAUUCUAAACUUAUUAUUAUUCAAAUAAUUAAUUAC